UUGUAAUUUUGUGGCAAAUUUGUUUUCGCGAUCAAACGUUGCGCAAUCAUUUACAUAUGGCGGGUUAACCAUUGUUACAGUCAUAAAUUUUAUAUGCACAUUAUUAGUGUCGUACGAUAUCCAAAUGUCACCCCAAAAGCGAUAUCGUUAAAAGAAUUAACGAUUUAAUGAUAAUCGCGAUUUGCAUGCGAUACGAUUAUUCGACUCGGUGGUCACAUUGGUCAUGUUGUGACACCGCAGUGGUGGGACCGGCGCGCGUUCAGCCGCCCGUUUCCUCGCUCGUCCGCCUCUUAUCUGCCAAAAGUGGUCGAAAUCUCUGGAUUGGUCGAAAUUCGCCGUAUCCGGCAGACCUUGGCCCGCGGAGGUGUGUAAGCCCGGGUCGCGGCUUCCACUUCUUCUGGAUCACGGAGCGUGGUACGAUAGAAAACCAGUUCUCCUGCGCGUAAACGGGGGGUGCGCCGCGCUAUAAAAAAGUCCCGACGAACGGAUCCCGGUAUCAGUCGAGUGGUCCAGUAAACUCGCAGUUGCACAGUCAAGUGUACGAGCUAAGCCUACGAGCUUCCUCCCAUCGUUUCCGCAAUCAUGUUCAAGUUCACCAUUCUUCUCGCCCUGGUGGCCUGUGCCACGGCGGCGCCAGUGCCCGGCCUCCUGGCAUCUGCCCCAGCGGUUGCAACUGCACCUGUGAUCGCCGCCGCACCCGCCGCCGUCGCGUACUCGGCACAUCCCGCGUCGUUCGUGCACGCGGCGCCACUCGCCUACGGUGCACAUGCGGCACCGCUCGCCUACGGUGCACAUGCGGCACCGCUCGCCUACGCUGCGCAUGCAGCACCGGUCGCCUACGCCGCACAUGCAGCCCCGCUCACGUACGCCGCGCACGCCGCGCACGUCGCCUAUGCCGCACCUGCCGUCAGCUACAUCCACUGAAGCGCGGACAACCUUUGCCGAGGGAUCGAUCAGGGUCGAUUUUCUGCCUAUGGAGGGAUUUUUGGCUGACAUCGGACCCCUGCGGUCCCCCGAAGAAGAGAUUAUAUAAUUUUUAUAUAAACUGCACACAAAUAUAAGAAUAAAUCUGUUGUUACCUGAUCACAUAA